UUGUAUUGACAGGCGGAGUCAAGGGAGAUCGCAAUGCAGAGGGUCGUGGCCAUAAGGAGAAGCUGGAGCUGGUGGCCUCGUUCUCGUUGUUCGGGAACGUGAUGUCCAUGGCCAGCGUCCAGCUGGCGGGAGCAAAAAGGGACGCGCUGCUGCUCAGCUUCAAGGACGCCAAGCUGUCGGUGGUGGAGUACGACCCCGGCACCCACGACCUGAAGACGCUCUCCCUGCACUACUUUGAGGAGCCGGAGCUGCGGGACGGCUUCGUGCAGAACGUGCACAUCCCCAAAGUGCGGGUGGACCCCGACGGGCGCUGCGCUGUGAUGCUCAUCUACGGCACCCGGCUCGUGGUGCUGCCCUUCAGACGGGACUCAUUGGCCGACGAGCACGAGGGGCUGGUGGGAGAGGGGUGAGUGGGUCAAUGUGGUG